ACAUUCUAUCCUUAUCAUGGCGCCCUCUACAGAGAAAAAAGCCGAUGAAGACGAUUCUAAGAAAGAAACUAAAUCUGAAGAUUUAAGAGAUCCAGAAGAAGUUCGUCGUACUGCUCUUGCUGCUAUUGGUAUAGGUUUCGUCUGCAUUAUUAUUGGCUUACCACUAUGGUGGAAAUUAACCGAAGUUUAUCGAGCUUCACUACCCUAUGGUGAUAUCACAAAGUUACACUCGUCUGAGAUAUCCGCAAGAGUUAACAUCAAAAUAAUUGAUUUUGGCAUAAGCGAUAAUAAAGAAUUGGAGGAUGACUUUAAUAAAGCUUUUAAAUCAUUUAAUAAUGAAUAUUUAAAAAUUUCAUAUUAUGUUACACUAUCAAAAGCAACUGACAAGCUCAAAUCGAACUAUAAAGCUUCAAAAGAUUUACAAAAUUUUGAAGCACAAAUAGAUGACGACAUCAAAGAAGAUAUACAAAUUUACCUAUUACCAGAAAAUUCUCAUCUGUUUGAUAAUUCUAAAUUGGUUGUUGGUCUGAAGAAUUUCAUGUUUCACUUUGGCUCAGUAAAUGAUUUAUCAAAUAUUGUUUAUCUAGUUAAGGAUGUAUUCGUUGAAGAAGACAGAAUUUUUGCUGGUUUAGUAAGGAAUAAAGGGGAGGUUUCGCAUAAACACAAAAAAGAAACAGUAAUGAGUUUACAAUCGGUUCCCUCCUACGAAGUGACAUUUACAUUGUUAAAUCCUCAACCGGAUGAAUUUGAUGUUUCUUGGGAUAUACCAGACGCAAUUAAAAAUUAUUUGCAAGAUUUUCUCACAGUAUUCGAAAAGUAUAAUAUCCCAUUUGAUGUAAAAUCACAGUAUAUGUAUCAUACUUCAUUAAACAUUAACCCAAAACGAAAUAACGAUGGUUACUCUUUGUCUUACUCUGAUAUUCAACUGCUAAUUAAUCCAAUAGAUACGAAAUUAAGUUCACAUUUGUCAAAAUGGCCAAAUUUGAAUUUGGUCUUGUACGUUACACCUAAACGACAUAUUCCGUUAUCAAUUCAAAGAGAAGAUGAGACAGAAGCUGAAUCAUUUAUUAACGCUCGAUGGGGAGGAGUUACUAUUUUUAAUUCUAACUUUUCAAAGGAUGCAAAAUUACCAAUCAAAGUGGAAGUUGAUGCUCCACAAACAAUGUUAACUUUUAUUAAACAUCUGAGAAUCCUACUAGACUUUGAAGAUGCUGAACAGAAAUAUAUCGAUGGAAUUAAAUUUUUACAAAAUGAUGGAUUGAGCAUGACAAAAUGGGAAAUAAAUAGAUGGAUAAGGCGUAAAACAAUUGAAAAUAUUGGCAACGUCGGUGCAACUUUAAACUCCCUAACUGAGCUGGUAAAUAAAAUUCGUAAUAUGAUUAUUAACGAUGAUAUUGGUAAAGAAGUCGAGAAAGCUUUGCAAUAUGCACAAGAAGCAAAAAGAGCCUUGGAAAAGGAUGAUAUCAAAACAGCCUUUCCGUUUUCUAGAAAAGCUUUUCUUGCGGCUGAUACUGCUUUUUUCGAUCAAUCUUUAUUAGAAUUACUUUACUUUCCUGAAGAUCAGAAGUUCGCUAUUUAUAUUCCACUAUUCUUACCUAUUGGAUUUCCUGUUAUAAUGGCAAGUUUUCAAGCUUUAAAAUACUUUAAAGAAAAAUUGAAAGAAAGCAAGGAAACUAAUAAGAAGAAGGUGAAGAGCGAAUGAAAGAAUUUUUUUAAAACACCUAUUUAACUUAUUGUUUUUGUUACUUUACUUGUAAAGAUAGUAAUGAUAAUAGUAAUAAUAAAAGAGAUCACAAAGUCUUUCAAGUAUUAACAAAGUUAUAUUAAUAUAAUAAUAAAUAUAUCUGUUUUAUGUACAAUGUAUG